AUGCGCUUCCAACUCCCAGCAACCCUCCUCACCGCAGCGUUAAGCGCAACCCCCGCGCUCGCUGGUCAAAAAGUCGCAGCAGUCUGGAGCUCGUCCACCUUCAGCACAGUCGGCAAAACCGGAACAAACAGCUUCGACGGCGGCUUCGCGCUGUUAAACUCCGACAAAGACGGCAUCUACAGCGAUGGCGCCCCCGACGGACACACCCCGUGUACGUUCGCGGGCACAGAGUUCCAGCUCGAGAAGGGAUGCCUUGGCGGCGCAUGGUACUCAUUCCGGUGCGUGGCAAAUCAGAUUGGGGUUCCGCAGACCUGUGAGGUUUUUGGGCCUGAAGGGCAGAGUUUGGGGAAGGGGGAUGGAAGUAACGAGUCGGAGUUCUUUGGGGUGGGGAUUGCGCUUGGGGGGGCAUGUACUGUUGAGUUUGAGCUUGUUGAUGGGAUUGAUUGUGGGGCGGGUGUCGAUGGUUUCAAGGCGCAUCAUACCGGCUGGAAUCGUUGGUAA